AUGAUCUUACUGGUGACAUUUUUUAUUGCGAUCAGUUCAAGUGUUGCUCGGCUAGAGCAUACGGCGUGUGAGCAACUCAUUGAAUGCUAUGCAAAGUCUCGCGACAAAACUGAGGAAUGCCUAUCGCAUAAUGAAAAGCGGGAAUGCCAGAACGAGUCUUUACAGUUGGAACUUAAAGAACUAACUAAUAAGAAAAUUUCUCUUUACGAAAAUUGUUUACGUGAAAAAUCGUCCAUUGCGACAGCAAUCGAAAAUGCGAAAAAGAAAGCCAGAUGUGAUGUAAUAUUAAAAAGAAAUCCGUAUAGAAAGAACAAAGUUGGAACAAAUGAAAAGGAUAAAAAUAAAAGGAAGAAUCGGCGAUCGAUUCACAAGAACAAAAAGUAUAAUACACAAAAGAUGUGCUUUCGUGAAGCACGUAAAUUGAAAACCUAUUGUGGACAACUGUCGAAAUGUUGCACUAUUAGUAAAUUAUGUAAAAUAAGAUUGAAUGAUGAAAAAAUUGCUGCAAAAAGAAUAGAAAUCAAACAAGCUGAUGAGCAAUGCCGCUUGGAGCAUUAUGGUAGUACGAAAGUGAAGGGUGACAAAAAUCGUAAACGUAAUAGGCAUCAUCGUGGCGAUGAACAGCGCAGAAAAUACAUGAAUCAAGAAGAUUCUAUAUAA